UCAGGUUGUUCAUGGGGGCUGCUGUCAAACACACGGAGCACAUCAAAACAUCAGUGUCUGUAAAGACAAAUGCAUCAGAAUACGGGACCGUCCAUCCGCCGUCCCUCAGAAACGAUCAUCCGACAACAUGGCGAGCGUCCGAGCAGCGUCCCGUCUCCUCUCCAAGAGGGUCCUCUCCAAAACCACAGCUGUCCCUGCAGCAGCAGUCCAGGGCUCCAGGAACUUUCACUUCUCCAUCUAUGGCAAGAAGAAAAGUGCAAGUGUAUCAAAUGAUAUUUCAACCCAGUACCCGGUUGUAGAUCAUGAGUUUGAUGCUGUGGUGGUCGGAGCAGGAGGUGCAGGACUAAGGGCAGCGUUCGGCUUGUCGGAGGCUGGAUUCAACACUGCCUGCAUUACCAAGCUCUUCCCAACCAGGUCUCACACAGUUGCUGCUCAGGGUGGGAUCAAUGCAGCUUUGGGGAACAUGGAGGAGGAUGACUGGAGGUGGCAUUUCUAUGACACAGUGAAGGGAUCUGAUUGGCUGGGAGACCAAGACGCCAUCCACUACAUGACAGAGCAGGCACCUGCAGCCGUUGUAGAGCUGGAGAACUUUGGCAUGCCUUUCAGCCGCACUGAAGAAGGGAAGAUCUACCAGAGAGCCUUUGGAGGUCAGAGUCUGAAGUAUGGGAAAGGAGGCCAGGCUCACCGCUGCUGCUGUGUUGCAGACAGAACUGGACACUCGCUGCUGCACACACUUUAUGGAAGGUCACUACGUUACGACACCAGCUACUUUGUGGAGUACUUUGCUCUGGACCUGCUAAUGGAGAACGGAGAGUGUAAAGGAGUGAUUGCUCUCUGCAUGGAGGACGGAUCUAUUCACCGAUUCAGAUCCCAGAACACUGUCAUCGCUACCGGGGGUUAUGGAAGAACAUACUUCAGCUGCACAUCUGCCCACACCAGCACAGGAGAUGGGAAUGCUAUGGUGACCAGAGCUGGCCUGCCCUGCCAGGAUUUGGAGUUUGUGCAGUUCCAUCCCACUGGUAUCUACGGAGCCGGCUGCCUGAUCACAGAGGGUUGCCGUGGUGAGGGAGGCAUCCUGAUCAACAGUGAGGGAGAGCGUUUCAUGGAGCGCUACGCACCCAACGCUAAAGACCUGGCCUCCAGAGACGUGGUGUCCCGCUCCAUGACCAUUGAGAUCAGAGAGGGCAGAGGUGUAGGCCCAGAUAAGGAUCACGUGCACCUGCAGCUCCACCACCUGCCCCCCCAACAGCUCGCCACGAGGCUGCCAGGUAUCUCAGAGACAGCUAUGAUCUUUGCUGGUGUUGAUGUCACUAAAGAGCCCAUCCCCGUCCUGCCCACUGUUCAUUACAACAUGGGCGGAGUACCCACCAACUACAAGGGCCAGGUGAUCACACAUACUGAUGGAGCAGACAAGGUUGUUCCUGGACUGUACGCCUGUGGUGAGGCAGCCUGUGCCAGCGUGCAUGGUGCUAACAGGCUGGGUGCUAACUCUCUGCUGGAUCUGGUGGUGUUUGGCAGAGCCUGCGCCCUCACCAUUGCAGAGGAACACAAACCAGGCGAGACUCUUUCCCCUCUGAAGCCCAGUGCAGGAGAGGAGUCAGUGGCCAACCUGGACAAGCUGAGGUUUGCUAACGGAAGCCUGAGAACCUCAGAGAUCAGGCUCAACAUGCAGAAGACCAUGCAGGCUCAUGCUGCAGUGUUCAGAACCGGCUCUGUUCUGAAAGAGGGAUGCGACAAGAUGGACGCCAUUUACGAAACCAUGGAGGAUCUGAAGACCUUUGACAGAGGCAUUGUGUGGAACACAGACCUGGUGGAAACACUGGAGCUUCAGAAUCUGAUGCUGAACGCGGUCCAGACCAUCCACUCAGCCGAGCAGAGGAAGGAGAGCAGGGGAGCCCAUGCCAGAGAGGACUUCAAGGACCGUAUUGAUGAGUACGACUACUCAAAGUCCUUGCAGGGUCAGGAGAAGAAGCCCUUCGAACAGCACUGGAGGAAGCACACCAUGUCCUACGUCGACCCAAAGACUGGAAAGGUGACCCUGGAGUACCGCCCAGUCAUAGACGUCUCUCUUGACGAGCAGGACUGUGCCCACGUUCCACCUGCCAUCCGCUCCUACUAAGAUCUCCUCUUGUCCACUCGUCCUCCUUUUGUCUCCUUGUCCUCCGCUGUCCUCCCAUGUCCAAUUGUCUCAUUUAUUUACUAUUUAUGGAGCUACUCUUCCUUAAUUAGAGAUGACAUCUUGAGACAUAUUCUGCUCAUGGUUGCACAUUUGUAUCCAUUUAGAGUAGAUGAAUACAUAAGAGUCCUGUCCUCACUGCUUUGCUCCUCUCUUUCAUGUGUGUUUUGCCUUCUUUCAAUCUGUUUGCAGCAGAUGUAUUUCAACACGGUUUUCAACCCCUCACUCUGUGAGACGGUUUUGUAUAUAUCACAAUGCAUUCAAGACAAGUGAGAGAUUCCAGCUGAAGAUCAAAAUGUAGUGCAGUUCACUUGUACAACCACACUGGAUAUCACAUGAUGACGAUGUAGUCUCUUGUCCUUGUCUUGCAUGGCAUUAAACGUGACUGAUUACAGCUUCUCUGCUUUGGAUCUAUGAAGUACAGAGUUUGUGGGAGGUAGGGACUGAAACAUAAAAUGCACAUGUUGUCAGUGAGGUAUGGAGAGGGUAUAAGUUUGUAAAUAUUAAAGAAAUGUUAAAUAAAAAAUCCAGUUAUACUGUA